CAGUAGCUCGGUGCGACCGGCAGAGGGCGACAAUCUUCCGGCGGGACUCCAGCGGACGGCCGAUAGAGGAAGAGACACUGUGGGUGCAGUUCGCGUUAGCCGAGAGGACGUCAACGUUGCUGUUUUUUUGCAGGCGUCGCCGACGAGCGUUUCCUCGCGUGUCCGACCGAACCGCACGACGCUCCGUUUGCUGAGACCCAGACCCAGACCCACGAGCUGCGAGCGAAGCCUCCGCGACCGACUGCUUCGACAAGAUGAGCUUCCUGUUUGGCAAUCGCUCAUCCAAGACCUUCAAGCCAAAGAAGAACAUCCCAGAGGGCUCCCACCAAUACGAGCUGCUGAAACACGCCGAGGCCACGCUGGGCAGCGGGAACCUGCGGCAGGCUGUCAUGCUGCCCGAAGGAGAGGAUCUCAACGAGUGGAUCGCUGUCAACACGGUGGAUUUCUUCAACCAGAUCAAUAUGCUAUACGGCACCAUCACUGAAUUCUGCACCGAGAUCAGCUGCUCUGUGAUGUCUGCUGGACCCAGAUACGAGUAUCACUGGGCUGAUGGCACCAAUAUUAAGAAGCCCAUCAAAUGCUCUGCUCCCAAGUACAUUGACUACUUGAUGACCUGGGUACAGGAUCAACUGGACGAUGAGACCCUUUUUCCUUCCAAGAUUGGAGUUCCUUUUCCCAAGAACUUCAUGUCUGUGGCCAAAACCAUCCUGAAACGACUUUUCAGGGUUUACGCUCACAUUUACCACCAACAUUUUGACUCUGUGAUGCAGCUGCAGGAGGAGGCCCACCUCAACACCUCUUUCAAGCACUUCAUUUUCUUUGUUCAGGAGUUCAACCUUAUUGACAGGCGAGAGCUUGCCCCCCUGCAGGACUUGAUCGAGAAGCUUGGAUCCAAGGACAGAUAGACAUUUAAUCACCAUUCCCUUUCUUUUUAACCUUUCAUUUUCUCCCCUUGCCUCUUUGACUUCUGCUACCUCUUUAAAAUCUGUGCCUUCUUCUUAUUUCAUAAACGUUUGUACUGUACUUUUCCUUUUUAUCCAGUCUGUCUUCUUGUAUGCUGUCUUUGAGCCCUUUCUUCCAUUUUGCCACUCUAAAUCAUGGAAAAUAGUGUAGUAAGAAUAUUUUUUCAUAGGAUUGUAAGAGCAAGGUAAUGGAUUUUAUAUUGGAUAAGGACAUUUGGAAGUUAACGUAAAAACCUGCUUGCCUCCAAAAGUUGGUACACAGUGUUUUAAUUGUCUAGACUCUUUUUUAAAUUUUUUUAUUUUUUAAGUUAUCGAUUUAGGCAAUUUUCUCUUAACUUUUAGCUUUUUGUAAUUACAGGGACUGACCAGAUAUCCUGUCUUUUUUUUUUUUACAAUGUUUUUUAGUCUUCAUUGGCGAGUUAAGAUUGCAUGGAAAUUAGUGCCGUGACGCUGGCCUGACGAUACAAGUGUGUGGAAAGUAUUUUCAGUCACAGAUUGGUAUAAAAAGCACCAGCAGCAUAAUCACUCUUAGUCAGAAGCUGGUUGUGUAUCUGGUUUUCAACAUCUGCUAACAUGCACAACAGUUACAUGUGAAGAGUAGUAAGGGACAAUUGUGAGAUGCCCAUGUUCUUGCCCCACAAAAAAACACCACCAACUGCAUUAUGGCCAUUUUAUUUUGGUCAUGCAAUAUUGUGUUUUGCACGUUUUUGGACUAUUUUCUAUAUUGAAAUAGUAUGAUGCAAGUUAUGGUGCUUAUAGUUAUACUUUUAAACCGCUUGAGGGUUGUUCUUCAUAUCAUAUAUAAAUAAAGGAGUUGUAUACUAGAAAUUAUCCUGUCAAUAGCCAAAAUAGUCUAAUGUGUUUUUUGUCAUUUCAGUUCAUUUUGUAGCGCUGAUUUAUUUGUGCUACUCUGCAUAUUUGAUCAUUCAAUGCUGGUACUUUUAAACUUUUUUUUGGGACAUAUGUCACCCCCUUGAUUGUUAAAUAGAGCAAUAACGAAUGCACCUCUGCAGGUUAAGGAGGAGUGUCCAUAGCUAUAUGUAAUUUUUCUGCAGAUGUCUUUUGGUUUCGGUGCGUGCUUCAGUCUUUUCCUGGGAUUACUCCAGCUACAACAGCAGGGCUGUUUGUACUGCCAUCCUUUUACAAACUAAAGCAGCGACCUCUGGAUGACGUUUCAUUCGACAAACUCCAAGCAUGAAGAAUUGGUCCGUAACCUUCUUCAUAUUGGACAUAAAUUCAAAUCAGACAAUCAUGCCUGCACAACCAUUGAAUGCAUCAUCUAUGUGCUUAUCAAAAUAUUUCACACGGCUGGUUUAUUUUAUUGAUUUGAUUGGAAAAUUUAACGAGUCCUUUCUUUCAAUCUAGCCAUCUAUUUUUAUUAUUUUUUUUACCUCACAAUUUUGUUAUCCAGCUUUUGGCAUGGAGUUCAAUUUCAUUUCAUUAAGUAUUUGGCUUUACCUUUUCAAAAAUGAACAAGGGCUUUGAAAGGAAUUGAAUGUUUUUAUAUAUAUCUCAAAUAAUGGUCCAAUCAUUGGGAUGUCAUUUUGACUGAGGAGGUUGAGGAUGUAUGUACGGCGUCUGAGCAUUUGCUGUAAAUAACAUCAGUGUUUUAUCUGAACGAAACUGUGCCUUACAAAAAGGAAUAUGUCUGAUACAACAGUAUUGGUAGAUCAAAAUUCAAUAAACAUUGAAAGGACAA